UAAUUUUCUACCAGCAGAUACAAAUUUCUAUUUCAUGUCUGCGCGAGUGUCUGUCACUUUGUCCUCUGCACUGAGUGAGAGAAGGAGCAGUGACGAGAGCCUCACCAGCGCAACACCAGGGCUCCGAUGCCGAUGGCUAUUUCUAUUAUACGGAAGAGAAAACUUCUUUUCGUGAGCGACGAGAUGAAGGGCUAGAAGAAACGAGAUGUUCAGAGAUAAAGAUCCUAAGAACUGGCAGCUCCUAAAUUAUGUGUCGAAGGAUGCUCAUCCUCAUGCAUUCGAGCUCGAAGAUGUCGAAGGUCUCAACACUUUUUCAUCCAUAUGGGUCACCAGUUCCAGAAGUUGUUGCUCCCCUUCCCACGACCCAUUUUCCUUUGUUUUUCCCGUUCAACGGUAAGCGGACUCCUUCACUUUCAUUAGUUCACUCUAUUAUUUUUACUUGUUCGGAGCCGACGAGGCCGCCGUCCCCACGGAACUCUAGAAAGAUCCAUUGUCAUCCCUUUGUUACGGGGAAAAUUCUGCUAAGAUUUUAUCCUGGUAAGUAUCCAUCUUUGUACUGUCUUGAUGCAGCAACCAAGAAAGUACUUCUUCUACUUUUGAACAGCUUUUGCUUCAUUGUUUUCAGAAAUUCGUGUGUGUCUCCAUCAUCCAGCAUUGUAGUCUCCAAGCUUGAAGCUCAUACUCAUUGAGUAAGUAGUAAAAAGUUGUAGAAAUAGUCAUCUGCCACCUAGGUUUCGUAGUCGUAGUGUAUGAAGUAGAAUAAUUUGAAUUUCUGACUUGAAAACAACAAAAUGCGACGCGUCUUGUGUAGUGGCAGCGUUGCAGCACGCAACGCACGCAGACGUCUCCCGACUUCUCACAUCGGUGCCGCUUCGAGUUGUACCCAAACGCGGACAUGGCCAGGGGGGCUUCUACGGGGAUUGAACGAAGUGGUCGUGGCCAUCCCAAGAGCUAGCGCAGGAGCGUUAUCUUCCACCACUUCUAGCAGGUCAGCGUUUUUGCAAACCAUUGUCACCAGGGCACGGAUGCAGUCUACUAAGACACGUGGCGGCGGUGAAGAUCCGAACGCACGGCACGACAAGGAACUACCCACCGCGCCAUCGUCGUUCUAUAGACAGAUGUGCGCACGUGGUGAGAUCCAGCAAGAUGCGAUGCAGGAAGCCGCAAUCAAACGUCUCAGUCAGCUUUUCCACGAAUGCGAAGAAAAUUUUGCUCCAUCUUUCGGAGACGAAAGGUUUCAUCCAAGUGCAUACGAUGCAGGAGCUGGACUGAAUUCUAACAUGGGCAGAAAAAUAAGCAGUGGCCGUCCUGGGCCAACAUCUGCUGCAGGGCCUCCUCUGACAAAACACACUUUUGCGCGUACCAAGAGUGGUUCCAGAGACAUCAUGGACCCGUCAUUACUGGUGAACAGCAAGAAGAUGAUUAAUGACAGUACGAGUUCGCCCUUUGCGGCCUUCGGAAAGCGUUAUCGGCGUCGUACUCGUACGCGCGGUGGAGGGCCCCCCAUGGUAGGGCUCUACCUGCAUGGUUCCGCCGGCAGUGGGAAGACGAUGUGCAUGGACAUCUUCUUUCGCUCUCUUAAAACAGCAGGGAUUAAGGCCAAGCGGGAGCAUUUCCACGAAUUUCUAUACACGGUGCAUCGGACGCUGCACAAGCUGAAGCAAGCAGACAAGCAACUGUCGUCGAACGAGGCGAUGAACCAAUUCGCGCGCAUGCUCAAGGCAGAGGCGGACGUUCUUUGUUUCGAUGAGCUCGCAAUAACUACGAUACAAGAUUGCACCAUACUAGCGCCACUCUUCGCAAAGCUCUUUCGAGAAGGCGUUGUUUUGGUACAUAUUGUUAAUUGAUAGAUAUGUACAUGUAGAAUAUGACGAAGUUAUUGUGCUCUGCUUUUCCUCGAGACGAAAACGAUGACACUGAUCGUGAUCCAGCAUCUGUAUCUGAUUUUUCAUAUUUUUCAAAGUACUCCGAAAUAGUACACCCCUGCUUUUUCCUCUCCUGGUUGAAGAUUGAAUGACCUUUCCGAACAAUCCAUUACACCAUCUUGAUAGGUGACAACUUCAAACCGUGCGCCAGAGUCUUUGUACGAGGAUGGCCUAAACCGGCACCUUUACAUUCCCGCUUUUCUGAAAGUGCUCAAUGAACACAUGGACAUCGCAACCGUCCAGUCGACAGAUUAUCGCCGCGAUCAAUACGAGAACGCUGCGCAGCGAACAAAGAUCUUUUUUCACUGCUCAGAGAAAGGGAAAAUGGUGGCAUUCCUAAGAAGCAUAUUCUCGAUGGGUGAAGCAGCGACAGGCGGGACGGCAUCAACUGACGAAGGUGCAAUCGAAAACGCUUCUGGCCUGAGUCCCAGAUCACCUUCUUCCACAUCGGCAGCCGGGAGCCCUGCGGCUGCGAAGCCCCUCAGCAGAGGAAGCUCUGUUGGAGGAUCUCGAGGCUUUGUCAGCGUCGCACGAGAAAUCAAACCAAAAGCUGCUGACAGCAUCGUCUCGGAUACAACUGCACUGAUAAAUGAAAAUGCGGCAGGUAAAGAAACAUCCAACGAGGGCGAAGAUCGACAAGGCUCAGUCGUGAAUGAAACAGCCACUUCGAGUAGCCAGAAUGAUCAUGAUUUUCCCCCGAUGACAAUGGCCUCGCGUCCUGGUGGUCGACAUGUUUUCGACAGUGUCUUGCUCGACUUGUUUCCUCAUGGGCAUUUCGUGGAAGUAGGCUAUAAUCGUAAUUACCCAUGCCGUCACUGUAGGCCUGACGGAACAGCGGCUUUGUUUUCCUUCGCGGAAUUGUUUAAGGGACCACCUUUUUUGGGUGCAGACGAUUACAACGCAUUAUGCACACAGUUUCCCACGAUUGUACUUGACGGUCUGCCGCGUCUAGAGGUGUCGGAUCACAAUGAGGCAAAGAGGCUGACGAACUUUCUCGACUGCGCCUACGAGCACCACGUUCGUCUCAUUUGCGUAAAUAUGGAAGCGGAAACCGUCGAGGGCAUUUUUGCCGAGCUUCUGCCGUUAGAAACGCUAGACGUGGCAGAAGUCAUCCGAGAAAACAAGGAAGGCAGCGUCGGUAGCGGUGACCAAGAUGCCACAGCCGCAAGCAGUGGCGUGCUGUCCGCAGUGCGGGCAGUGUCAGACGCUGUGGGAAAGAAUCAGCAAAGUUGUUACUUUCUCUCCGCGGACCACAACAACUGGUCAGUAGAAAGCAAAAUUGUAACCACAAGCACAUCAACAUCGACAGCGUCAUCUAUUGCUGAUUCUCUCACCACUAAGAGCAGUCAUUCUUUCUCGGGAGCAUCGAAAACUGCUGCGCCUGAUUCUGGUGAUUCGGAGCAGCAGUUUUUCUCCGCUCCUCCCCUUUCUCAACGGCAAACGCGAGAACAACUUGAGACCGAAAAGGACGUAGAAAUUUGGCGACAGGAUAAGCACGGGCUGCCGCAAGUAAGCAGGCAGUGGGACGACAGACGCCGCGUUUCGCAAGCUGAAUGGGAGGCAUCCGAUCCAACAGCUGAACAACACACUGUGAAGUUAUGGCAUCGGUUGUAGUUGAUUUUCACUCGCACUCUCUCGUCGUUUAAGUGUAAAUGUACUUUUUGUAGAUGUUACAGGUACAAGAACUCCUAGUUGUUAGGAUUAGAAACAGUGUAAUGCAUAAGAGGUAGCUCCUUCGCUAGAACUUCUAUGUGAUACGGCUCCUUGUUCGGUAGUUUAGCUACGACCACUAUAACACGGAGCGAACAUAUGGCAAGACUAUACGCAAACACGAUGAGAAUAAGUAUAAUCUGGAAUUCAUGCUCCAUCAUAUAUCACAUUCACCUCCUCGUCCUCUAAUUUAGGGUGUGUUCGUCGCAGCAAUCGCGAGCCUACACGAGACGGGUUUUGCGGUUCGUCGUGCGGUGAGCAGGUUACAAGAAAUGCAAACGAGGACGUACCUCAAGGAGUGGGAACAAGAGCAGGAGAGGCGGCUGCCCAUUAAGGGAAAAGAUGCUACUAGUUAG